AGUGGGAGGGCGAAGCGACUGUUAAGGGUGUCGUUUAGAAAAAGUACCGCGUAAAGAGAUCUAGGCCAAAUAACAUUGUUCUUGUUGCUGCAAGUUAUCGUUAUAUUUAAAAAAAUUGUUUAAAAGAGCCAUGUCUUGCAGAAGAGGAGCCUUGAUUGUUCUAGAAGGAGUUGACAGAGCAGGAAAAACCACACAAUGCCAAAAACUAGUGCAGGCGUUACAGCAGAGCGGACGAGCAGCAGAAAUGAUGCGAUUUCCAGACAGAACCACUAAGAUUGGACAACUCAUCAGUUCAUACCUGGAGAAGAAGAGCAAUCUGGAGGAUCACACCGUUCAUCUGCUGUUUUCAGCAAACCGAUGGGAAAUGGUGCCUGUGAUGAAACAGAAGUUGGAGGAAGGAAUUAAUCUAGUGGUGGAUCGCUACGCAUUUUCAGGAGUGGCUUUCACCAGUGCCAAGCCUGGCUUCUCUUUAGAAUGGUGCAUGAAUCCAGAUGUGGGACUUCCAAAACCAGACCUGGUCAUGUUUUUACAGCUCAAUCCCAAUGUGGCUGCAAACCGCGGAGAAUACGGAAACGAACGAUACGAGACGAGUGCUUUCCAACGUACGGUUCAACAACGGUUUGAAGAGCUUAUGCAGGAUGCCUCAAUCAACUGGAAGGUGAUUGAUGCUGCGAGGACCAUAGAAGAAGUCCAUAAAGAUAUAAAAGACUUGAGUGAUAACGUCAUCAGUUUAGCUGAGGAUCAGCCAGUUGGAGAGCUAUGGAGGGGAGAUCUACCACAGAAUUCUUAAAGUCUGGCAAAUGUAACCGUUCUUCACAAAGACAGGAUUUCAAAUUCUUCAUCCUCAGAAUCAAAGAAGCGCUCGAGUCGAUCUGAAUCUGAGAAAUCUGGAGAGGGAGAAAAUAUAAUAUUAUGGUUAGUGUAUUUAUAAUGCUUUUGAAAUUCUGUAUGCAUGAAGUUGUAAAGGACCUACCUGGAGUGAGAUUAAGUACAUCAGCGGUGAUUAGAUGAGAUGGCUGACUGUCUACUAAUUCAAACAUGGGAAGACCUCUACAGUUUGAAACCUGUAGAAGGGAAAAACCAAAGUGAAUAAGAGAUUCACAAGCGGAGGCUAUUUAAAUAUAAAUUUAUAUAUGAGCACCUUACGAAUCUGUGCACACCAGUCAUCAAAAUCAUCCUCAGUUUGGCAGAAGAAGCCCUGACGGACAAAAAGUGGCACACAUGAUACUGUUAUUCAAACCAGUUACUUUUAAAAUGUUUUGACACCUAACGACAACUGAACAGGUGUUUAAAAAGCUAAAUUCACUUUCGGAAGCUGUUUGGACAGAACUGUGUGUAGGUACAGUGUCUGCAGUCAUGUUGGAGUGAUAUAAACACAAAAAAGCUCUUCUUUAAAUUUCCUGACGUUAAAAUAGGAUCCAAAUUCCAGUGAUUUUGAGGCCCAACGUGAUGUAGAAGUGUGGAUUUCCCCGCACCCUGAUUUGCUUGACAGGAGCGGAUUAACAUGUGUCCACAGUAAUGCGUAUAAACAUGUCCACAGAACAGGAUUUGCAAAGAAACUGGGAUUUAAAGAUCUGUUGCAACUCUCUAUGAUCAGCUGCAGCUUACGAAUAAGUUUUGUUGUUUAAAUUAGUGCAUGUUUUUAAUAAAGAAAAGACAGUAAAAUCGCUAGUCUCAGUACAACUAUAAAAUUAUAAGUGGAUGUUUCAAUCACACAACUGGAGUUCUGGUUUGUGGACGUUAAAUCCGUUUUAUCCUGUGCAGUAGCAUAAUGGAUACAGCAUGUGUGUACUGCAAAAUUUGUAACUGCAUUUAAGUGUGACUCAUCAUUUCAGAAAGGCUUGAAUAGACUCCAUCACAAAUACAUGAAAUAAACUUACUUGGUAUUUUUGACUAA